UUGUUUCUAUCAGGUGUAUGGCGAGAAUGGUUUCGAAAAAGACGCCAACUCUUUUGAGCCUGUUUCGAGACAGGAAAAAGGUCUACAACCGGUUCUUUGCUCCAAACUUGGAGCAAGAGGGCAAACUCUGCGCAUCCAGCCUGGUGACGUACUCCUGCUCACUGGAAUCCUUCCUUGAAUACAUGCAGUCCGUCCUUCAAAAGGACGUGACACCAUCAAUGAGACAAGACCUUAUGGCUACUAAAGAGGCCCAAAAAUCCUGGCGGUCCUCCUGGAAACAGCAAGUGAAGGUGAGGAAGGAGAAGAAGAAUUGGGAGAUGGAAGAUAAGAUUCCAACGAUUCAAGAGAUCAGUGCCCUUGUUAGCUCCGACCACUCAGACUGAAAAGUGACCUCCAAGCCAAUUACAUUCAGGAUGUGGCCGUUGCUCGGAACAUCAGGGACUACCUGAACUGCCACGCGUGGCCACGGGGCUACGUUCUUGACAUUCACACAAGAGCUGUACCAGCUCAUAUCUCUAUAUGUGAGAAAAGCCAGGCCACUGCUGGCCACUAUAAACCAGGAACAUCUAUUCACGACUGACUGUGGCCAGAAGGUGUUGCAGCCUAAUAAAAAUCUAAAGGCUUUCGCCAGAAGAUGCGCAUUGCUGACCGACGGGCAAGUGGACUUGCUUACGUCAAAAAUGCUGCACAAGGUUAGUUUCAAUUAGUAGCCCGCGUGGAUGUAGUAUUAUGUUAAAUACAUGGUUGUGGAGGAUUUAAAUUAGUUCUUUGACUAGGCAUUUUUGGCAAGAUGCUGAACAUUGAUCUUACAUCUCUUUAGAAGGCAGCCAGUUGUACUUCCCAGCUAAUUCCUAAUUCGCUUCUACGUACAUGGGAUCCAACCUCAAAGCAGUCUUGCUUAUAACUUACUCGUUUUCUUUUCUACAUUUUAACUGAUAAUCGUGUCCAACACGCGCGACCUGCCGUCGCCUGUUAAGAGAACGCUUGCCGCCACCAUGGCCCACCGCUUGUCCACCUCAGAGGCCCAUUAUAACAUCCAAUCGAAGAGCAAGACCUCUGCGGCUAGAUCAAGCGUCAUCCGGAGCCUCAUGUCUGCCGAAGCUUUACCAACCGCAGCUUCAGCAGCCCCGGUCACACCAACCGCAGCCCCAGCAGCCCCGGUCACACCAACCGCAGCCCCAGCACCAGAGCCACGAGGAGGUGGCAGCCCCCAAUCUCCGACAGCGCCACGUCUUUGUCCCCGAGACAGACGACGAGUGCGCCUCUGUUGCCUCAGGUUCCUCCAAAUCAUCGAUGAGGCAGGUUUGGGGUGAGGAAGACGACAAGGUCCUUCGUGAGGCAUGUUGGGCGUUCAUAAGCGGGCAGGAGCCUAUCUGCCGGGAAGAAAUUAUGGAUGCCAUCAGAGAGCAUGGCAAGGGUUUCGAGAUUUUACGAAGACAUGGGUCUGACUGUCUUUAUCAAAAGAUCAGAAAUAUGAAGAAAGGCUUCAAAGGUUAAAUGAUAUUGAUUAUUGAAGCCGGUUUUGUUAUACUGUUGUUUUUUUUUUCUACCGGGUAGAGGACGGUAGAGGUUAAAUCCUGUGAUAUGUAUUUGAGUGAUAUGGUGCUGAUAUUAAAGCCGGUUUUGCUA